UACAAAUCUAUUACAUUUAUUGAGCCAGGACGCUCAGCCAUGAUCUCGUCAGUUGUUGGAUUUGAUAUUGGUUACAGCUCAUGCUUCAUUGGCAUUGCACGGGGCGGAGGUAUCGAGAUUAUCGAUAACGAGUACAGCAAGAGAGAUAAUCCGACCUAUGUGGGUUACGGAGCUUGUGCUGACGGCAGGAAGAUGGCACUGUCCGCUAAAAGCCAGAUGACCAGUAACAUCAAAUCAACUCUUCAUGGUUUCAAUCCCCUUAUUGGACGAGAGUUCGACGAUCCUAUGAUUCAAACGAAUCUCAAGGCCAUGUUCAAUGACAUUGAAAAGCAAGAUGACGGUGCCAUCGGCUUCAGGGUCGAUUACGAAGAAAAACAAAUCGUACUGACCCCAGAAAAUGUGACUUCGUCCCUUCUAGUGUACUUGAAGACGGUUGCAGAGGCCAAACUUGGAUUUGCUGUCAACGACUGUGUGAUCUCGGUUCCACUUUAUUUCUGUGAUUAUCAGAGAAGAGCAAUGGUAUUUGCAGCCAAAACAGCUGGUUUGAACGUUUUGAGACUCAUGAACGAUUCCGCCGCUAUAGCUUUGGCUUAUGGAAUAUACAAACAGGACCUCCCAGCUGAAAAAGAAAAAGCUCGACUUGUCGUGUUCGUUGAUAUCGGUGAUAACGAUACUCAGGUCAGUGCAGUUGGUUUUAACAAGGGCAAGUUGGAAGUGAAGAAGUCUCUGGCAGACCCUCAGCUGGGUGGACGACACUUCGGAGAGCGCAUUUGCAACUUCUUCAAAGUUGAAUUCAUGAAAAAGUACAACAUCGACGUGGAUUCACGAGCAAGAGCCGCGAUGAGGUUGCAGACAGAAUGUGAGAAGCUGAAGAAGACAAUGAGCGCUAACACCACAUCUAUUCCUCUCAAUAUUGAGUGUUUUAUGAACGACAUAGAUGUGAGUGGUAGGAUGGGUAGAGAGCAGUUUGAAGAACUUUCCCACGAUUUGUUUGAGAGGUUGCGACAUUUGUUGCAGGAACUUCUUCAUAACGCAACAUUUACAAUCGAAGACAUCGACUCUGUAGAAAUUGUAGGAGGUUCCACUCGAAUCCCCAAAUGUAAGACAAUUAUCGAAGAAGUGCUGCACAAGACCUGUUCCACGACACUGAACGCGGACGAUUCCACUGCACGUGGAUGCGCGCUGCAGUGUGCUAUCCUCUCUCCAGCUUUCAAAGUCAGGGAUUUUGCUAUCAACGACGUUGUUCAAUCCGGAAUUAAACUUGUCUGGUACAAUCCUGACGGCUCUGUAGGAGGUGACAUGGAAGUGUUUAAUAAGGGUCACGUGUUCCCAUUCUCCAAAAUGCUCACAUUCUACAGGAAAGAAAACUUAAUCCUUGAAGCGUCCUACUCAAACCCAAUUCCUCAUACACAAACUGUAAUAGGACGAUUUGAGGUUGGUCCAAUAAAGCCAGCUGAGGACGGUUCCAGUACUAAAGUCAAAGUGAAGGUGAAGGUGGACAUCCACAGUUUAUUCACAGUCGAGUCUGCUCAUACUGUUACGAAGAUUCAAGUACCUGUUGAGGAAGAGAAAAAAGAGGAGAAGAAAGACGGCAAGAAAGCUGAAAAGAAAGAAGGGGAUAAUAUGGAAACUGAGGAUGGAGCAGAAAACGGGGUGAAAGAAGAAAGCAACUCCAACGAAAAUGGAGCUGACUUAAAUGCAGAAAAGAUCGAAAAGAAUGAUUCAGAAGAGAAAAUGAAAGAAGAGAACGGCGCGGAUGAGAUUAUAUCAGAGGAGAAGAAGAAGCCCAAGAUGAAGACCAAGACGGUGCAGAAUCCUCUCGAAGUGACCUCAUCAAAAAAGGGUUUCACCUCUAAGGAGCUCCAAGCAGCCUGGGAACGAGAAAAUGCUAUGAUCUCGACUGAUAAGCUGAUAAAAGACAGACUCAUGGCUAAGAACACUGUAGAGGAGUACGUCUACGAUAUGAGAGACAAACUCUACUCACAGCUGGAAAAGUUCAUUUCGGAGUCUGCCAAAGAAGUGUAUUUGUCUGAGUUAUCUAAAACUGAAAACUGGCUUUAUGACGAGGGUGAAAACUGUCAAAAACAGGUGUAUAUUGACAAGUUAGCUGAAUUAAAGAAAGUAGGGGACAGAAUAAUGACAAGAUAUAACGAAAGUGAGGGUAGGCAAGGAGCACUGAACAACCUUGGUUCCUGCCUCGUUCAUGUUAGGAAGGUUCUGGAUCUUAUCGCUAAUAAGGACGUGAAAUACGACCACUUGUCAGAGGAAGAUGUCAAAACUCUGAUUGAAAAAGACGCAGAGUUCCAACAAGUUUUCAAUGAUUUCUGUAACAAGGCAGCCAGUCAAAAACUCCAUGAGGAUGUUCAGAUAACAGUAGCAGGGAUCAACCAAAAACGAAAGGAAUUUGAAGACAAAUGUUACCCAAUCGUCAACAAGUCAAAGCCAAAGGUAGAGCCUCCUCCAGUGCCUGCCGAGGAGCCGAAAGAGGGAAAAGAGGCCGAGAAAGAAACUCCCAUGGAGUCUGCAGAGUCGACUCAAGCUCCCGCUGAUCCAGCAGCCGCUGAUCCAGCAGCCGCAGAUCCAACGUCCAUGGAACUCGACUAGGACUUUUCUAGAUUUCUAUAUUUGUUAAAUGUUGUCUUGACGAAAACAGUACUUCAACUUAAUAUAAACCGAGUGUUGUCAUCUAUUUCAGCAGAUUAUUUUGCUUGUUUAAUUUAAAUUUCAAUGCCAAUGGCACGUUUAUUUUUCUUUACUUUUCAAAAUUUGAUGGGACAAGACAAGAUUGGCUGGCCAGCUUGUACUUUACAUUUUGAGAAAGUAUCUGAAGGAACGUUUCGUUUGAGUCAACUUAUGAUCUGAGAGUAACGAGAGCUAUCAUGUCUGAGCAGUCCCAUGUGUUCUGUCAAAUUAGAAUAACAACUAAUUUGUUUCAUUAA